CAAUAACUUUUCUAAAAAUUCUAAAUAAUAUAUUAAAAGUCAUGAUUUUAAUAAGAAAUUACUCGUAUUUCUCUAAGCUGUUACUUGGGUAAAUCAAGAAGUUUCAUUAUUUUAUAGAUCGAUAAAUAAAAUAUUACAAAUUUAAAGUUACGGGCAUUAUUUUUACGCAAUAUUCUCAUGACCUUCAGAUAAUGGUCACAUUAUUAUGAAACAAUGUAAAUGUAAAUCAUCAAAAUUAUAUAACUUGAUUACAAUGUCGUGCUGCUUUGCACUUUAUCUAUCAGUUUUUGUUAGCUAUAUAAGCCAAAUGCGAUUCUUUUUACAAUAUCCAGUUUAAUUUUGGCCACAUGAUUUCCCGGUGCUCAACCCUUUCGGUUUUGUUGGGUGUUCUAAUGAUCUAUGACUGUGGAGCAGGAGUGAGUAUCUCUACUUAUAUUCCUAAACUACUUUAAUAAAAAUAUCUUUUAGCUUUUCAAACGCAAAUGGGAUUAUGAACCCAUUUCGAUCAAAACAUAUACUUCCGAUGCAAGCCGUUUCUACAGUGACCUCAGAAUCGAUCGAGUGGGACGCGGAGAGUUCGAAUGGUCAGGCGAUACCCUGUGGAACUACGAUACGAGUGAGGAAACCAUGGUGCGCCUUUAUGAUAGUUUAAAGUUCUAUGUAAAAAACCAAUAUAUUCAGGUAGAGGCCGCUUCCUAUCGAAGUUCUACCGGGGAAGAAAGCAACUAUAAGCUUCUCCCUUUAUCAAUUCCCAGGCAAACCCUUUAUGACUAUAUUAAUACAUACUACAAGUAUGCGAUUGUAAAGAACUUCGGAUCUUGCUCUAAUAUUCCGCAAUUCAAGGGUAAAUUUGAGUCACCAGUUCCAAGGAAUACCUAUAGCGGUCGCAAUUGCGCUAUCGAUGGCGAAGGAUUGCCGGAAGUAUUGCCUUCGGGAUUCUACAAAAUUAUAUUCAAUUGCUCUGGACCGAAUCAGCCCAUUUGGAGCUUUGUUGCUGUUAUUAAAGUAACACCAAAAAUGUUUUAAUUGAUUGAAAUAAAAAUGCAAAUCAGGAAAAUAUAUUUGGUUUAUACUUGAUUAAAACUCGCAUUAUAGGGAAGGAUAAGGAAGGAUACAACAUUUUCUAUAAAUUAAAGACAUUUUCCUGGCUUAUACGCAACCACUUCUUUCCCUAUAUUCCGAUGACCUUCAAAUGACCAUUACUUUGACAUGUUUUAAAUGUAAAUCAAAAUUAUACAACCUGAUAGCUGCACGACAUAGCUUUGCACUUAAUCUAUCAAUUUCUGGUAGCUAUAUAAACCAAAUGCGACUCAUUCUAAAUCUACAGUUUAAUUUUGGACAAAUGAUUUCCCAGUGCUCAACCCUUUCGGUUUUGUUGGGUGUUAUUUUGAUCUAUGGCUGUGGAGCAGGACUUUUUAAACGCAAAUGGGAUUAUGAACCUAUUUCUAUAAAGAUAUAUACUUCCGAUCAAAGUCGUUUCAACUGUGACAGCAGAAUCGUUCGAGUGGGACGCGGAGUAUUCGAAUGGUCAGGCGAGGCCCUGUGGAAUUACGAUACGAGUGAGGAAACCAUGGUUGAGGCCUCUGCCUAUCGAAGCCCUACCGGGGAAGAGAGCGGCUACAAGCUUCUCCCUUUCUCAAUUCCAAGGCAAACCCUAUACGAUUAUCUUAAUACAUACUACAAGUAUGCGAUUGUAAAAAACUUCGGAUCUUGCUCCAAUAUUCCGCAAUUCAAGGGUAAAUUUGAGCCACCAAUCCCAAGAAAAACUUAUAUCGGUCGCAAUUGCGCUAUCGAUGGCGAAGGAUUGCCGGAAGUAUUGCCUUCGGGAUUCUACAAAGUUAUAUUCAAUUGCUCUGGACCGGAUCAGCCCACUUGGAGCUUUGUGGCAAUUCUUAAAAUUACACCAAACAUGUUUUGAAUGUUUUAAAUGUAUAAAAUGUAACUCAAUGUUGUGGUCAAAACCGUAAUAUGUAUGUAUGUAUGUUAAAUAUGUUCUAAAUACCUAAUAAUAUGCCUUACAACAGUGGUGCUCAAAAUCGUCUUCCGGCAUAGCAUUUACUAACACAAACACAAGAAAAUGUGCACAUAUUUAGUGACGUUUUUGUGUUGGUUUUCAACUGUGCACUGAGAGAAAGUAAAACACUUUUUUUCGCUAACCAAUUCCUCACUCAUUCUAUUGACGCACCAAAGGGGCCACUGCGAA